UGAAAUGGAUCUUCUUUGUUUUUGUGCCUUUACCUCAACGCCAUCCAUUAUGCCUCGUGCUUUUCAUCCUACUGCCAUUCUCAAUUGAUAUCCUGGAUUGCGCGGUGUAUUGCGUUGCCUUGCAGCAUCAGCAAGCGAUGCCACGAGGAUGGCCUCCUUCGAAUCUGCAGCGGUUUCGGCUAUAACGUUGGUGGCACUAUCUGGUUGUUUUGUUUUCGUUCGGUUUGUGGCUCGCAUUGCCUUUGUGAAGCAUGUCGGACCAGAUGAUAUCCUCAUUGCUCUCGCCUGGGCAGCUGCCCUGGGACUGGCAGUCGUCACUCAAGAAGAAACACACAACUCAUCACAAACAUCCUCGACCGACAACGAGGACACCAUGACGAACUUGCUAAGGCAACUAUGGUCAUCAAAUAUAACCUACAACCUCGCCGUCCUGCUCCUCAAGGACUCAUUACUAUUACAAUAUCUCCGCUUCUCGAAAGACAUAGGCUACCGCCGUGCAUGUUGGGCCUUGGGCGCGAUCGUCACAGUCUACGGCCUUGCUGCUCUCUUCGUCGGCAUUUUCUCCUGUCGACCCAUCGCAUAUAGCUGGAACAGUCAGCUCUCCGGCGGCAAAUGCAUCAACUUUCUUGCCUUUUGGCUCUUCAACGCUUCUUUCAACUCCGCAACCGACAUCAUUGUUAUCGUUCUACCAAUCCCAGUCCUCAGCGCCCUUCAACUUCCUAGGAAACAAAUGGCCAUUCUGGCCAGCAUCUUCGUUCUUGGAGCAUUUGUCUGUAUAGCCUCCAUUGUCCGCCUUACCUCCGUGUACACUGCAACAGUCAACAACAAAGACAACGCAUCCAUCGCCGUCUGGUCGACGGUCGAAGUAAACAUUGGCAUAAUAUGUGCCUGUCUCCCAUCAAUCCGCCACCCCUUGGCCCAACUAUGGCCCCGAAUCAUCGCGGUCCGGCGCCGCCUCAACACAGGAUCCAUCACCGAGAGAGCCGAAACUCCCGAACUCAGAUUUCAACCCAUCAUCAAAACCGUAAGCAUCCGCACAACAAGCGAUGCUUCAUCAUCUCGCCCCUCUCAGACCCUCACCGUGGUAGCGAGCGACGAAGAAGCACUCACACCCCAGGAAACACCGUCCCCCGAACUCUACGAACUCGACAGCGAAGCCUGGCCAAACAUAUCCAAGGUCAUUGACAAAGACAAAUCCCUCCCUAUCCCACCCAUCCCCGCCAUCCUCCGCCCCGGCUACCGACCUUUCGGCCCCCGUCCAGAAACCCAACAAUCACGUCCCCAAAUCGCCCGCUCACGAAGCUACUACCUCGCAGACGGCGGCCCCAAGUCACGCUUCCCACUCGCCUGUAUCCCCGAAUCCCGAUCCAGCGUCGACAUAUUGACAACACCAGCCCCAUCAACUCCGAACCGAUCUACCACAGCGCUCCCAACCGCCAUCUCAUCUCCCACCAGAUUCGUCAUCUCCUUGACCAGCGGCGGCGCCAACGCCAGCGCCAGUGCGCUCUCCUCUCUAACCCGCUCCGCCGUCACACUAACCGGCCUGGCCCCACCCAUCGCGCCAGCCUCAUCACCUCCCGUAAAGAGCACCAAAAUCGCGCCGUGGUCCGCGCCCAGCCCCACCAGCAAGACGUACAGCUACGAAAUCCUCGGCGGGCCGGGGGCAUUGGAGACGGCCGACACAAACACACACUUGUCGACGAGUAAAUCUCGGCGCGAACAUGCGCGGCGAGAGAAAGAGCGUGCGAAACGGAAAGAACGUGAGCACCAACGUGAAGUCGAGCGUCUUGAAGAACGCGAUCGACAACUACGCAAGGGUGAGAGACCGCGUGGACCGAGAGAUAUGCCGCAACUACCCCAAAUGCUAGGCCAGGAUGAUGCCUGGUGACCUACUUGCUUGACGUGAGCGAGCUUCUUGCAGAUGCAAAUGCAAACACCAAUUCUUGUGCUCAAUUUAUUGGGGCGAAGGAUAUGACCUUCGAGUCUUAUAUUUCCCAUGUACCAUCUAAAUCAUGAUACCCAUUGAUCUGUCUACCAAAAGUACUCUUCUAUGUUUCCUAGUGGCGCUGCUUCCGGGUUCUCUGUAAGUGCAGCAGAAAUGAUACAACUAUGGUGAACCCUAGCUACAGUGCUUGUACGGAUUAUAUUUCUAUGGUCGAGGUUUACAAGGCUCCCAGGAGUAUAGCGCUUUACUCACACAGCAGUCAAUGCAAACCUUUCAGUCGGGAGGAUCAAUGCUUUAGAAACCAGCGGCGAUGAUUGCAGCUGUGAAAAAACCAUCAUUAACAGAAUGAUCAAUUGCAUGAAUCAUCAAAAGGGCCAUUUGGUACAGAUAUCC